AUGGAGUUGACGACACUGAUGAAACCUGCUAAAUCAAAACUUAAAAUAGGUAAAGAAAGUUUGGAUAUAAAAGUUGAAAUCAUUGAUCCAAAAAUCAAGCAAGAAAUAUCAGACUUGCCAGCUGUUUCUCCAGUCACUGGAAUUCAGAACAUUGGUGAUGUAUUCAAUGCUUGCUUAUAUCCUAAUAGUGACGGAUUAGCAGACUAUAUAAAGACAUUAAAACAGGUAAUUGGUCACUUAAAGAAGUCAUGUGAUAUUGAAGACGACAAAGUCAAACAUGAAAUAAGAAUAUAUGUGAGAGUAUUAUCUGAGAUUUAUGCAUCCAUCAACAGUGGCUGUACAGUCAAAAGAAUCAUCAGCAGUGCAUUACAGGGCCUACCUGUUGCAUUUCACACUGUGGUCAUUGACGUAUUCACGCUGACUCUCCAGAGAUGUAUGGAUAUUGACAAUCGACUUGAUUUGAGUAUAUGCCGACAUGUGGUAGAUUUGAUUGGUUCGUAUUCACAAAACUGGUCACAAGGUGAAGAAAUACUUCGCAUUUUGAACUCAGUUGUAUUGGUAUAUUUAACAGAUUGUUUGGUAGUAUUUAUGGAUGAGUGCAGUAAGUCUGAUAACAACCACAUAGUGGAAAUGAUCCACAACUGUCAGGUUACUAUGAAGACCCUGAUUGCUGUAAUUCCUAAGUAUGUUGUCCAGACUGGUACUGUGCUGGAACCAUGGUUCAUCACUGUAAACACUAAACUUAUGCAACACCUAGUGUAUAUACUGCAAAAUGGAUUAUUCACAUCUAAUUGUCAAAGUAUAGCCGCAAUGACUUUAGUAUUGGUGUUGAAAUCCCUCAGUAAUGGCAAUUCAACCGUGGACCUGAUCUUGCAGUGCUUAUUGCCGCACCAUAUCGAGGAAAGCACAAGUUCCUGGAUCACCGAUGAAAUGCGUAAGACCGGCUACACCUGGACCAGUUUGUCACCUUACUGUCAGCUGUGUGUAUGUCACGGUGUCAUAGCCAUGCUGGACGCUGAUCAUCUCAUUUCACAAAUAAACGAACAACAAAUACUACUUUUAGAUGUUAUAUUUCCAGAACUAAUGACUCUGCAAACCAAACUCUCUGAUAGUUAUUCUAUCUUGGCCGCAUCCAGAACGCUAACACUCUGGUCGUGUGUCGCUAAACAAGCUUUAGAAAAGAACCCAGGUGAUCUGAAACUGAGAAGUACACUGUGUGGAGAUGGUGCAAUUUCAAAAAAACUUUUACAUUAUGUGUGGGAAAACUCAGAGCAUACAAUCGAGGGAAUGAGAUAUCAAGUUAAAAUUAUAUUUGAUAAUAUUAUUGAAAUGCAUUUCAAGGUGGAUUGUGAAGACAGCAAAUUCUUUUAUGGCAUAUUCCAACAUUUGAUGAAUACCAGCUGGCAUGUUAGAAGUAAAUAUAGUUUUCUGGCUACCAUGGUAACCUACUUGGGUAGUAACAGGAUGUUGGAUCUGUGUCCCACAUUACCUCGCGACAUACUUAAUGCUGUGGACGAACAGACUGUCGCUCCUUACGCCAGUGACCUUUAUGAAAGGCUUUUACAAACACACAAGAAAGAAUCAGAUGAAGAUACCAGAUGGAAAGCAGUUUGGAUAUUACCAGUUUUGGAAAUGCUGCAAAGGAAAAAUUACAAUACCACGCUGAUUACACAAUAUUGUCUUCCUAGAAUUUUGAAAAGAUGUCCCGAGUGUCUAGAGUACAUUCAGAUGCAUAUGAAGCCAUCCAAUCAAGAGAAUCUUGCUGUCUUGAUAACUUGUCUGAAAGUAGCUCGUUGUCAAGGACUACUCAACACAAAAUGGAAUGAUGACAUCACUUGUUGGCAUGGCAUCAUAUCGGUGUCAUCCUUACAGCAAGCACUGUGUCACCAUGACAACAAGUUGUCUUUACAAGCUUUGAGUUUAAUAUGUGACAACACCAAAACAACCGAAUCCAUCACAAGUACGGACUUCCAACUGAUCAAGACAUUUCUAGAAGUAAAUAUGAAGGCACAGUCCCCGGCUGAUAGACAUUAUAUUAUAUCUGAUAUUAAAAAGUUUCUUUGUAGAAUCCAUGAAAGUGGAUUGAUGCUAUGGAAACAGAGGAACAAAGAUGGCUGCCAAUCACAGUUAGAGUUGUAUAAGGAUUUCUUGGAAUGGUUGUUCAGUUUCUUACUGAAUAACUUGUAUCCUGAUGCUUGUCACCCGAGGAGAGCUCUAGCACUAAGUGUUUUGAAUCUAAUGAAUGAUAUAUUUAGUCAUUCAUCCCAAGGGGGUAGUUUGAAUGGCGUACAAUUCGGUUUCAUUGAUCAACUGACGACUAAUCAUGUUCAAACCAUCCUGGAGUGUUUGAACGAUAGUUACAGUAAAAAUAGAGAGAUGGCCUUACAACUCAUCAAGUGUUCACCUACAACAGCACAGAAGGUAUCCAACCUGUAUGAAAUGGGGCUAGACUUGGCGAAAGGUAACAAGCCACAGAACAGCAUUGUGGGAGCUAACAUAUUAUGCCUGGUGUACCAGUGUGGUAUUGAAAGCCCUGAGCAGAUACUCCAAGAUUUACUGGUAUACCUGAGAGAACAAAUAGAGAUAGGUAAAUGUAGUCUGUUGAAGGCUGCAGCAAAAUACCCUAUCUAUGGCUUACUGUACUGUGUGCGGACACUAUUGAAAGAACUCUCAUCAAGUCAUACGAGAAUAAUAGAUAAUUAUUUAGAUUGUUUAAUAGAACUCUGUUUAGACGCAUCCAGCAUUGUGUCCCCAGUUGUUUGUAAUUCAUCACCAGAAGGUUACUUACCAGUAGAUGAACAGAAAGAUGCCAGUUUAGAACAUUUGGUUUUGAGAGGUAAUGAUAAAGAGCAAAAUGAAGAUGGAGAUGAUAAGACAUCUCGGAAUGAGGAGGAGGAUGACAAGGAGGAAGAAGGUGACAGUCACACAGUAACACCACAGAUGGUUCUCAUAUGCUGCUGGAUAACAAUGAAAGAAGUGUCAUUAUUACUGGGCCAGUUGACGCAAUUUAAGAAUUCUAACAAGAAAACACUGCUCUCUGUUCAACAGAUGAAGACACUUGGUGAUUUUUUCAUGGAUAUUCUAAUGAAAGCCAGACACAGAGGUGCAUUUGAAUUGUCAUACACCGGAUUUGAACAGCUUUGUCAUCUACUUUGGAGGAGUGAAGUGAAGGAGCUGAACAGUCUGCCAGUGAAAUGGUUGCAGAUAUUACUGACUGAAAUCCAAUGUACCAAUGAGAUAUCACAGUUAUGUGCAACACGGCGUAGUGCUGGGAUACCCUUCGCAUUUCAGGCAAUUUUAAAUGCUGAAUGUAUGGUACAGAAAGACAGACCUAAUUUUAAACAUGUUAUGAUUCAACUUUUGGAUUUAUCACUGGGACAAAGCGUGAAUGACGACACAUUUGCACAGGUUCAUUCCUUGAAUAUAUUAUGUGCAUUAUACAAAGACAGUGAACUUGGUGAAGAUGUAUUUCCAUUCAUUGCUGAUGGAGUUAAGGCAGCCAUAUUGGGAUUUAACUCAGAACUGUGGGGUGUCAGAAACUCAUCUAUGAUGUUAUUUAAUGCUUUGAUAACAAGGAUAUUUGGUGUCAAGAGAACUAAAGAUGAACAUUCUAAGAAAAACCAGUUGAGUGGAAGGGAAUUUUUCAGUAGAUUUCCCUCAUUACAUUCAUUCCUUCUGAAGCAAAUCAAAAUUGUUUCACAAGAUACAACCAGUUUACAACAAAGUCAGUUUGCUAUUCUGUUACUCAUGUCACGUUUAUAUUCGUCAACGUUUGACGGCAUUGACAGUAAUCUCUCGCUCAGUGAGUUUGUACCUUAUAUACAGAAAUGCUGCAGCUGUAGUGUAUGGAAAACACGCACCAUGGCUGCAAGAACGUUAGCUUCCAUCUGUCCUACAAGUGCCAUCAAUGCACUGUUGACAAGUCUCAUUGUAUCACUACCAACAUCUGACUGUCUCCAACUAUCCCAUAAUACUAUCCAUGGUGUCUUAUUGCAGAUAUAUCAUGUAUUGGAGAUGUAUUGGAGUGAACGUUUACCAAACAAUUCCCUGGUAGAAUUGAUGAAUGUAGUGUUACCUCAACUUAGAAACAGUCUAUGGCUUAUAACUAGUUCUAACAAGUGUGAUAUAACAAGAGCUUUAUAUCUCCACAUACUUAACAAAUACAUUUUCACAAUGCAAAAGAUCCCAGUCGAUGAUAACCAUAAAGAUUUCCAACUCCAUGUCACGUCUAUUUUACGAGAAGACACAUUUUGCGUUCCCAGUAGCAGUAUGGUUCCGGGAACUUCACUGUUGCAGGAGACAAUCGCAGAAAUCACUUGGAAGACCUCGGUAGAAAGCAGUAGUAUUGAUUGGUUGUUGGCGUUAUUAAAUAAUGCAUCAUAUGAAGUCAGACGUCUCACUCUUAGAAACCUCAUAGACUGUAUUAAAACUAGUUGCGAUAACGCCAUUAAACUGUGUGACUCUCGGGAUCUAUUCAGGCAGUUGAUAAAGAUGGUACAACAUGAAAUUGAUUAUGACUGUUUAUCAAUGGUAUUUGAAGUGUUAUGUUAUCAUUCAUACACACUAUCAGACUCCACUGAAUGGUCUUCAAUGCUGGUAACAGAUUCUUGUACACUGGGGAAAGGAGUGAAUCAAUGUCCAAAACAAGAAAUGAAACUCUCUCAAUCGCUGCACGCACUCACAUUUUUGCUCAAGAGUGUAGAGUCAUUUACAGAUGGGCCUGGAUAUGAGAUGGUGCCUAGUUCGUUUAUUAAUUUGACGUCCAAACUGGUUUCAGUUGUUUACUCUGAUGCUGUAUUGGUUAGGAACAUGCCACUUUUGCUGUGGAAAUCAGUGAUACUUUUGUUACAAGAUGAGCACAAAGAGAUACGCCAGUCUAUCGUGCCCGUAAUCUCUAAUACUGGAUUUACAGAAGUACAAAGUACAGUUGCUAUGCAAAACGUCUUCCAUAGUAUUAUACAUCACCAUGGUAACAGAGACUGGAUGGCGUUAUUUGCAUUUAUACAUUCGCAUGUAAUUGAUAUUCCCGUGGUUGAGAUAAAUCAGGAAGAUGAUGAACAAGAAGAUAAAUUAUAUGACAAGAGGGAAUCUAACUGCUACCUCGAAAGAACCGAAAUCAUUAACCAUGCUGGCAAUGCGUUACAUGGGUGGAUCUCGAAAAUCAAGUCGCUGGAGAUGUGGCAGGAAGAGAUACUACAAGAAACUAGAAACACUAGCAUCAAAGCUUUACAAACAUUGAUUUCUACGUUGAAAAGUAAACGAUGCUCACCGUAUUUAGACUAUAGUUUAUAUCAAGAUAUAUGUUUACAUUUUUAUGGUCAUUUAAAGUGCCUCGCAGCGUUAAGUCGAAGAGUGCCCUCGUCCCAGCAUGCGUUAAUAUUGUCUCUGAUCCACGAUAUCGAGGGAUUAUCAUUAAUAUAUGGAGGAUUUAAUGUCUAUCUCUUCACAGCUGUAGAGCACUUAAAACAACAGUAUGAACUAGCACAGGUUGUCAGGGAAACACUCUGA